AUGAUGAGACAAAAGAAGAAUCGAGGUUUGGUGUUCCAAGGGCUGGAUUAUGUUAACAAUCAGGUCCAACAAUUGCAGCACUCGAUAGCGGAAAUUGAGAUUCUCAAGGCAGGCAAGUUUUGGAGAGAACAUGGCGAGAAGUCUGCUGGGGAUCCCACUACUGAUGAACUCUGUCGGGACCAAUAUGGCAUCGCUGCUAUUGCGACCGACUUCUACUCAACUCUCUUUACACCUGAUCCAACUGAUUCUGUUACUGUUAGUACCUUGAUUCGAUCCAUUCCCGGGCAUCUGAGGAUUCAAGGCGAACAACAGGAAUCACUGAUACUACUUAUUGACAUUGAAGAUCUCCUAGAGGACAGCAAGAAAACCCGCCGGCUAAGCAGCCCUGGCCCAGACGGCUUGCCAUAUGAAAUCCUGGAACGAGACUAUCAUGUGUCUCCUAUGCAAGAAAGGAGAUCCGGCUCAGAUGAAAAACUAUUGCCCUCUAUCCUUAGCCAAUUCUGA